UUCAAACCAUCCGUGCCUUCUUUAACCCGGCUUCAGAGGAAUACCUAGAGUGUUGCUUCAUGCAGUUCACGGACACAUGGCUGAAUGACCUCACUCGUAGAUGCUGCGUGAUUGGAGGGGCAGUGUUAGACAGGUUUAUACCUGUAAACUGCCAGAUCACUUCAGCUUGUCACUCAUUUCACAGAAUGGGGCCCCUCGUGCUUCUCUUCUUUUCUCUGCUGCAUUUAUGUGCUACACAAGUGACUCCUGUGUUUGUGCAGACAGGAACAGAUUUACUUCUGGAUGUGAAGAAACCUGUUGUUCUGAAGGAGGCAGAUUUCUUUACAUGGAAUGUCAAUGGCAGUGUUAAUGUUGUGAGACUAGCUCAUGGUGGUAAACCAAUCAUUUCCCAAAAUUAUACAUCUAGAGCAGAAUUUUCUGCACAAACUCACUCUCUACUGUUAAAGAACGUACAAAAGAGGGACAGUGGAGUUCACAGAGCAAGUGUUUCUGGUGACAUAGACAUCACUGUAGCUGAAUACAGCGUCACAGUUCUGGAUCCAGUGUCUGGAGUGAAGCUGACAGUGAAACUCUGCAGCUCAGACUCCACUAAGGUCACAGUGAUCUGCAGCACUGAGGACUCUCUCAUCAACACACGUUCACAUGUGACAACCAAACCUGCUCUCACGGGAGGAGA